CUAAACCCCCACAUGAAAUACCCUUUACUCACCACUCUUCUCCAAGACCUCAAAAGCUCCAAAACCUCCUGCCACCCUUCAUCCUCCCCCACCCCUUUCAACAUCUUCAUCACCGGAAAAAACCCCAAAAACCCCAAAAAGACAUUUAAAUGCUUCAAAACCCCUCCAAAACCCUCUUUUAACCCUUCCUCUAACCCUCGGCUUCCUUCUGGCUCUCACUCAAAGAAGGGAUUCAAAGUGAAGUUCACUCAGGAGGAUGUGCCACUUGGAAUCAGGGAGAUCAGGCACAAGAUUGUGCAAGCGAGGAAGGAGAGGAAGGUACUUUAUUGUUCAUAUUUCAGAAGAGUAUCCAAAGACAAUUCACUAAGACUAUUCUUGAAGGAAUCAGCUGAGACAUAAAGAAUGAUAACAAAGCAUCUAACAAGAGCUUGAUUUGCAUUCCAAAGCGAGAAAUUGGCUGCCAAACUGCUGAUGAUAGUGGGUCAAGGAGUAGAAACAAUCCUUAUUGUAAGAACAAGAGAAAUAUGCUAUUUUUUGCUCCUUAUAGCUAUGACUUAGUGAUAUAUAGCAAAACUAACCUCAAAUUAUCAAAAAUACCGUCAUUUUUACAAAGUAUUUUUGACCUUAACUUUUAGAAAUACUUUGUCAGAAAUCAAAGUUGUGAGAUCAAAGUUACAGGUGAAUCCAAAAGGUAAUGCGUUAGUAUUUAUCAUAGACUGGAGAGACAUAAAAAGCCAAAGAAACUCGAGAUAGAUAUCUCUUUACCAUCUUUGAAGAGGACUAGAUUGAGGAACUAUUAUCUCCAAGAACAGAACACUUUAUGACCUAGGUUAAACAAUAGUAAAUCGUCAGAGAAAAUUACUGUUGGAGACCGUUUUAAUGACAAUUUCUUGCCUUAUUCAGAACUGAAGGAAUCAAGAACGAGGCAGUUAAACAAAAUUGGAAGGGGGAAAAGCCUGGCAUAACAUCAAUCACCUUAUAAUUACUACAAACCCAAAUCU